AUGCACACCAGCGAGUACGACUACCUCUUCAAGCUCCUCCUCAUCGGCGACUCCGGCGUCGGCAAGUCUUGCUUGCUGCUCCGGUUCGCGGACGACACGUACACGGAGAGCUACAUCAGCACCAUUGGCGUCGACUUCAAGAUUAGGACCAUCGAACUCGAGGGCAAGACCGUGAAGCUCCAGAUUUGGGAUACCGCCGGCCAAGAACGUUUCCGUACUAUCACCUCGUCUUACUACCGUGGCGCACACGGCAUCAUCGUCGUUUACGACGUGACCGAUAACGACACCUUCACGAACGUCAAGCAGUGGCUGCAGGAGAUUGACCGGUAUGCGUCUGAGGGCGUGAACAAGCUUCUCGUCGGCAACAAGUCCGAUUUGACGAGCAAGAAGGUCGUGGAGUACAGCGUCGCGAAGGAAUUCGCUGACCAACUCGGAAUCCCCUUCCUGGAGACGUCGGCGAAGAACGCUACCAAUGUCGAGCAGGCUUUCCUGACUAUGGCGAAGCAGAUCAAGGACCGCAUGGGUUCCACUACCACCGCCGCUGGCACCGGCAAGUCGUCAACGAUCACGCCAGGCCAGACCGUGCAACAGCAAGCCGCGGGUGGGUGCUGCUGA